ACCCAAUCGAAAAACCCAUCAACUCACUGACUCGAUCCAAGACCUAAUUUUUGCCUGAGGCUUUGACCUACAAGUCCUGAACGUAGGAGUCCAACAUCAUUGUAAUUCCUCCAUUCCAACCGUCACUCUCCUGCCCAUAAAUUUCAAAAUCACCCUGUCCCAAACACCUAUUAUCAGCUCCAAGGCGUGGUCAUAGUCACCAUCGUGAAGAACAGGAAGGCGUACAAGCAAUCCUUCGAGAUUCCGUGAGUGAAUCGUGAGCGCGGGGGCUGUGCAAUAUAUCCAAGGCCCCUUGGCCCCCAGCAUUAAAGAUCCUGAGAAAAUCGAGAACUCUGUUCCGCGACUAUAAAAUGCUCCACUCAUCCAUUCGAUUCCACUUAGUCGUACACUAUCCCGAGCUCGGGAUCGUCAAAAUGCUAUUUGUAAUUAUUUCAUUGUCUCUGGCGGCUUUAUCAAGUGCUCAACGCUCUCACGAGGCUGCAAUUCUAUCGGACACCAGAUAUCUCUCGGGGGAUGGCACCUUCGGGGCUUCUUACAAGCAGGAGGAUGGGGUAGAGUUCAAGGAGGAGAGCGAUGCUAAUGGAGAUCGAAGAGGGUCGUAUUCAUACGUCGAUCCUAACGGGGUGCGAAGGACUGUCACGUAUACUGCUGGGAAAAAUGGAUUCCAGGUUCGUGAUGAACUAAAGGCAACAGGUGAUGGGAUUCCGAAAACACCCCCGCAAAUUCCUCCCCAACCGGAAUACGAGCCGCUGCCGGAGUACAAUCCCCCGGACUACCACCCGCCAACGCGAGCACAUCCUCAAUAUCAACCUCCGCCGCAGGUCUAUCAACCGCGGCCAACGCCACCACCUCCAUCCUUCUUCCGUCAAGACUACGAACAAAGAUACGAUCGGCCACACCAGCCAGAGCCAGUGUUUCGUCCUAGAAUUCAAUUUCCUGAGCAUCAACCUGAGCCCCAGUACAGACCGAUACCUCAGUACAGGCCUGAACCUCAGUACAGACCUGAGUCUCAGUACAGGCCUGAACCUCAGUACAGACCUGAGUCUCAGUACAGACCUGAACCGCGAGUCAAACCAGACUCUUUCGAAUAUUCCUACAGUUCACCUCUGAAUCAAAGCCCUCGACACCAAUACAACGAAAUCACCACACCAUCUCCUCGGAGAUUCUACCCACCAGGUAAAUUGGACUUCACGAGAACUCCCGAUGGUUUCGCUUACUCAUUCACCAAGAAUUAAUCGUCUCAUCAUCGUGUUAAAUAUCUUUACGAUAAAUACAGUAAUUAAGUUGAGCGAUUUAUUGAGUCGAGAAUCCUUCUGUGAGCAUAAGCUAAAUAAAAUUCUAAUUAAAGUCACGAUCGAAAGAUUAGAUUAUUGGCCUUCGUGCGAGUGUAUCGCACAUUUUCUUUCAAUAAAAUCCAAGCAAUUUCUCGUCCACCUUGGCCUUAAAUAAAUUUUACUAGUAAUUGAUUCAUAAAAUUUUCACUCUUGCAUAAAUAAUUCAGGAUAGUUAACAAUGAAAUUAUUAUCAUAAUUAUUUCAAGCAUGUGGAGAUUGAAUGAUUGAUUAACUCCACCCUGGAAUACAAUAAAUACUUCCUGUUAUGUUGAAUAUUUUCUGGUUGAAUCGUAGUGCACCUUUACUUUCAUCUCGCAACCUUUGAAUCUCACCUCAGUGAUGCAACAGUUGGAUUUAAAACUAUUGCAUAUCCUCUAUGGUUACAUUUGAAAUUGAGGAGAGUUGGCACUUGAAUAAAAUUGUUGUGUUGGGAUUAUCUAGAUACAACAAUAACGUUGAAAAUAUUUUUGUCUUGAACGUAAAAACAAAAGGAUUUAUACUUUCUUCCGUAAAAUAUCGUUUUGACCGAGCGAAAAUAUUUAAUAAAAAAAAUCUAGCACUUUCUAAACUUGAAAGGGAAUCGUUUGUGAAACUCCCUUCAAGGAAAUCUGUUGGAAUGUUUUUUUGCCAGUUGUAUUGAAAAAUAUUUAUAAAUUUUUACUUGACUGUACGAACUAUUCUGUGGAUAUAUUUUUUAACCUAUUACUAAUAUUGCUCAUGAAAUUGCAAAUCAAAUUACUGGACUAUCCGUACAUUUUACUAUUAUCUUUAUUUAUAAAGGUAUAGGUUGAGUAUACAGAUUUUGUUUAAUGUUCAUAAUUUUUGUUCAUGAUUACGGCAGUAACAUACUGACUCGGAAUACUUGAUAUUAACAGUAUAAAAAGUAUCAUCACUAAUUUGAAAUAAACAGUGGUAUUUUGUUACAGCUGUGGAUCACAAGCUCAACAAAUAAAAAAAAUCAAUAUAAAAGAACUAUAAAAAAACAAA